CCCUCCAUAAUUCGAGGGUUGCUACGAGCUUGCCCUUUUCCCCUUCCCCUCUCCUUCUGCCCCCUCUUUCUCUCCCUUUAUCGUCUUCUUCCUCAGAGCUCACUCCGAGCCCAUCCAUGGCGACCUCAUCCACUCCGUCGUUCUCUUCUCCGGCUCCUCCUCCCUCAUCCUCCUCCUCCUCCUCCUCCUCCUCGGCCUCCGCCAACAACUACGACAUCCCAUGGGUCGAGAAGUAUCGCCCCACCAGAGUCUCCGACGUGGUCGGCAACGCCGACGCCGUUUCCCGCCUCCAAGUGAUCGCCCGCGACGGAAACAUGCCCAAUGUCAUCCUAUCGGGUCCUCCUGGAACUGGGAAGACGACGAGCAUACUCGCCCUCGCUCAUGAGCUCUUAGGGCCUAAUUACCGUGAAGCGGUUCUCGAGCUCAAUGCAUCUGAUGAUAGGGGUAUCGAUGUCGUGAGGAACAAGAUAAAGAUGUUCGCGCAAAAGAAAGUGACCCUGUCGCCUGGGCGUCACAAGAUUGUAAUUUUGGACGAGGCAGAUAGCAUGACAUCUGGGGCGCAGCAGGCGUUGAGGAGGACCAUGGAGAUAUAUUCCAACACCACAAGGUUUGCUCUUGCAUGCAACACAUCAUCUAAAAUCAUUGAGCCCAUUCAGAGCAGAUGCGCCCUUGUUCGCUUCUCGAGGCUGUCUGAUCAAGAGAUUCUCAGUCGCCUUAUGAUUGUAGUGGCAGCUGAGAAGGUCCCUUAUGUGCCAGAAGGUAUUGAAGCCAUCAUAUUUACUGCCGAUGGUGAUAUGAGGCAAGCUCUGAACAAUCUGCAGGCUACAUUCAGUGGGUUCCGAUUUGUCAAUCAGGAGAAUGUGUUUAAGGUUUGCGAUCAACCUCACCCGUUGCAUGUAAAGAAUAUGGUUCGUAAUGUACUUGAAGGAAGGUUCGACGAUGCCUGUUCUGGCCUGAAGCAGCUCUAUGAUUUGGGCUAUUCUCCCACCGACAUAAUCACCACUCUCUUCCGCAUCAUAAAAAACUACGACAUGGCUGAAUAUCUGAAAUUGGAAUUCUUGAAGGAAACAGGAUUUGCUCAUAUGAGGAUAUGUGAUGGUGUAGGCUCAUUCCUUCAACUCUCUGGGCUUUUGGCGAAGCUUGCUUUGGUGAGGGAAACAGCUAAAGCCCCUUAGAAAUCUUGCUACUUGGAAGAGCUUUUGACCAAAGCUUGGUUUCAAUUGAUAGCUGAACUCAUAUCCUGGGUGUUUUGGAGUUUCCUUGUAGGGUUAAUAAUGAAAUUUCUGUAGGGAAUGAUAGCAGUGUAUGCAAUUGGAUGCUUAUGAACUUACAUGAUGAUGAUAACUAGAAUUAGUUCAAGCAAUAUGCUGAAAUGCUAUGAUGAAACUAGAGGCUGUUAUAUCCUUGUAAAUCUCGGCUUAAUUUUUGUACUAUGUUGGAUCUAGAAAUGCAUCAGGUUUGUAGGAGCACCAAACCAGACAAGAAAACUUCUUCACUUGUUGUAUUUUGUUGACAUGAGCAGUUUCUUGCCCCUCCUACUA